CUUCCGAGGAAGGAAUUCGGCAACUCUCUCCUCUAACGCGUGGAUUCUGUCACGUGCGUGUCUCCGGGGCUAGGGAACCAGACACGCCCACUAGACUUCCAUACUUCCCACUCCAACCUCCAAAUCAGCUCACAGAAUCAGCCACUUUUUUUUUUUUUGAUUAAUUAAUUAAUCCUCCACAUCUUCUUCUUCUCUAUAAAAGGCUUAACUUCUCUUGUUGGAUUUCUCAUCUAAAUCAACAGCAGAGGAGAAGAAAUGGGUGGUACUGAGAAAAUGAAGAGAAAUGAAUUGGUGGUUCUUUUCUUUUUUCUCUGUUUCUCAGCGACAUUUCAACGCUCUCUCUCGGCCGCCAAUCAGCCUCCUCCCAAGAAAAAGCCAGCCCAAACGAAAAAGAUUGGAUCUUCAGCCGUUUUCCCCAUUUACGGAAAUGUUUAUCCUCUUGGGUACUACUCAGUGUCUCUGAAGAUAGGAAACCCACCAAAGGUUUACGACCUUGACAUUGACUCGGGCAGUGAUCUCACUUGGGUCCAAUGUGAUGCUCCUUGUACUGGUUGCACCAAGCCGCGUGAUCAACUUUAUAAGCCCAAGAACAACACCAUGCACUGCGCUGACCCGAUUUGCUCUGCCAUCCAUUCAUCAAAUAACCACCCUUGCAAAUCCCCGACCGAUCAAUGUGACUAUGAAAUCGAAUAUGCUGAUCGUGGAUCAUCUUUCGGGGUGUUGGUUAGAGACAGCAUUCCACUCACAUUCAGCAAUGGCUCAACUCUUGGUCCUCGUUUGGCCUUUGGGUGUGGAUAUGAUCAGACAUAUGGCGGUCCGGGAGCACCUCCACAGACUGCAGGAGUGCUUGGCCUUGGCAAUGGCAAAGCCAGUAUCUUGUCACAGCUAACUCAAAUGGGUCUAACUCGAAAUGUUGUUGGCCAUUGUCUUAGCAGCCGAGGCGGAGGCUUUCUCUUCUUUGGAGAUGAUUUUGUUCCUUCUUCAGGAAUCACAUGGACAGCCAUAUCACAAGAUUACGUGGAUAAACACUACGGAUCAGGACCAGCAGAACUCUAUUUUGGUGGAAAACCUGCCGGCAUAAAGGGCCUUGAGGUGAUUUUUGACAGUGGGAGCUCUUACACCUACUUUAAUUCUCCAGCUUAUGAGGCCGUGGUUAACCUGGUGAAGAAAAGCUUAAAUGGAAAGCCUCUCAAGGACACGGCCGAGGAUAAAUCACUGCCAAUCUGCUGGAAAGGCAACAAAGCUUUCAAAUCUGUCCAAGACGCCAAGAAAUUCUUCACGCCGUUGGCGCUGAGCUUCACCAACUUCAAACACGUUCAGCUGCAGUUGCUACCAGAAGCUUAUCUUAUAGUCACGAAACUUGGCAGUGUUUGCUUGGGGAUUUUGAAUGGCACUCAAGUGGGGUUGGAGAAUCUCAAUAUAAUUGGAGACGUUUCUUUGCAAGAGAAAAUGGUGAUUUACGACAACGAAAAGAAGCAGAUUGGAUGGGGCCCUGUAAAUUGCGACAGGCUUCCCAAUGUGGAUGCUGAUCAUAAUGGAGCUUUUUCUCAGCCGUAUGCAGUGAAUUUCGGUAUAGCAGCGGAGAGCUGUCCUGCAACCCGAAGAAAGCUACGACAAGAGCAACACAUAAAGUGAAAGGAAAAGAGAAUACUCAUACCAAUAAAAGGAAAAAAGUAGGUUUAUGCUAUUAUAUGGGGUCGAUGCAUACAUAUGUUGGGUACUUAGGUGAUACGAGGUUUUUUGGAAUCCUUAUCCUCCUCUAUAAUCUACGGGGCAGGAAAUGGAGGCUAGUAUACCAUGCACAUUACAAAGCAAUAAAAUUUUUGUUAAAGAGGAACUUUUAUGUACAACAAUUGCACUCCUAUCACUCUUGACUCUUUUUGCUAAUACACUCUUUGACUUCUGUGGUGGAACUCUUUUUCUACCGCCAGACGUCCAAAUUUACUUGCGAGAAAAUUGCAUUUCCUUGGUCAUCUUCGACAAAUCGUUCUCAG